AUGCAAGCUGUUAUACAUCAGGACGGUCAGAAUGAACACGCACAGUGGCUUGCAGAAAGAAUGGCGGCACGACGGACAAACCUGGACCUAAAGGUUCCUUUUAGGCACAACGACACCAACAAUAACAACGGCAGCAGCAGCAGCAGUAGCAACGGAGACACAGUCACCCACCAGAGCAACUCUGAUCAAUCGACACAGCAUGGAUUGGAACACGCCCUUAUGCCAUUCCCAUCCGAUACACUCGCUGAGUCGUCUCAAGCACCGUCUGCUCAUGCGCCCCAGACUACCUACUCAACCACCAGGAUCAUUACCAAUGUCACCGGAUAUAGAGAGUCAGCUAAGAUAGCAUCUAUGUCACCUCAGGAUGUCAAGGACCUUCGAGAGGCUCACAAGAUUCAUAUCGAGGGCAAGCACCCUCCAAAGCCCAUCAUGUCCUUCGAAGACUGUGGGCUUCCCGCCAAGAUGCUUACAAACUUGGCCGACAGGGGAUUUGCGCGACCGAGGAGUGUUCAGGUGCAGUCGAUCCCAGCUGGACUAUCUGGACGAGACAUGAUCAUCUCUGCCGAGACAGGAUCUGGCAAGACCGCGGGAUUCUUGGUACCGAUCCUCACCCAUGCCUAUGGACUAUCGCAAUCCUCAGCGGCUAUGAUGCAAGGACCCUACGCAUUGGUCUUGACACCGACUCGCGAGCUGGCGAUGCAGAUCGAGCAGGUUGCCAAGGAUGUUGUUAAGGGGAUGCCAAACAUGCGGACGGCAUUGCUUGUUGGAGGCCAAGCCAUGGCAAGCCAAGCACAUCGACUUUCGCAGAAUAUUCAAAUCGUCAUCGCUACACCAGGACGACUCAUCGACAUUCUUGCCAAGCACACGGACAUCACCUUUUCGAACGUGUUUUGCCUAGUGUUGGAUGAGGUCGACGUGAUGUUCAGUCUUGGCUUUGGGAUGCAGGUCAAGAAGAUUCUGGAUAUCCUUCCGAAUCCUCCCCACGGUCGUCAGUCUAUCAUGUGCUCGGCAACCAUCUCGAAGCAGAUCCAACGGCUCGUCGAAAAGCAUAUGGAGAAUCCUCUCAGGAUCAGGAUCGGUGACAUGAAGGAGCAGAAACAGGAACCAAAGCCGACUGCACGCGUCACGGACAUCUUUUCGCCCUCCUCCAAGGUCAAGCAGACAAUCAUAUGGGUAGAGAACGACUCCAAGAAGAAACAACUCUUUUCGCUUCUCAAGGACCCAAAGUACUACCGACCACCGGUCUUGAUAUUCGUGGAGUCUCGAGUCGGGGCUGACCUGUUGGCGAGCGCAAUCCAGGCCAAGUGCCCUGGGGUUAAGGCCGCUUCUGUUCACGGCGACAAAUCUCUAGAGGAGCGAGCGUCAAUAUUAAAGUCCAUUGUGGAUGGCACACUGCCUGUGGUCGUGGCGACGGGUCUUCUUGCUCGAGGUCUGGAUCUGCAUGUUGCGACAGUCAUCAACUUUGACAUGGCGCCAUCCAUCAUAGAGUACGUGCACCGUGUCGGGCGUGCGGACCCAGAGGUGGCGACCAAGGUGGCAGCGCGAAUCAAGGGCGGACCUAAGCUUGGCGGUAUGGCAUGGGCCAUUACCUUUAUCAACAACGACCACCAGUCGAUCCACAGCGAGUUCGCAAGCAUGCUGGAUGGACUGGACACCAAUCAAGUGACACCCCUUCCGCCACAACUCAAACACCUAGUAGUCCGGGACACCCGCCGGAUAUUGGAUUCGUCCCAGCAACUAGCCUCAGCGGGACCUGCAGCCAACACCUCCAAGCGGAAAACUGCUUUUGCUCAGCAGAGCCAAGGCGGCAGCGGCGGUGGGGCUCUUGGGGCCAAGAAGCAGAGGUGCGCAGGAGCAUCGAUUUGGCACCAUGUUGCCAUCGGCACAGUCAAAACACGCCAAACAUUCAUCCUUUCACAACUCAAGUCGACACAGUACCAUGCACCACUUUCUCACGGAAUGGGCUUAAACAGAUCACUCUUGCCCUCUAGGACCCUGACCAUGUUCGCGAGGAGAUCUCUCAGGGCCAAGAGCAAAUCUGCAGGCGCAGCACCCGUCAAUAUGCUGUCAGUCGUCAGAGAGCGGACAUAUGGAGCACCAUCAAUCACCAAUGGACUCAGGCACACCUUCUCCACAGGAACGAACGCCCAAACUGUCGACGAGAACAAGGACGCCCUGCUUUCUGCAGUCAUCCCAGGAACCUGGUUGGACCGGAUGCCAAAGUCCGUCCAGCCUUACCUUUACCUGACACGCAUUGACAAGCCCAUUGGAACUUGGCUUCUGUUUUGGCCCUGCGCCUGGGGAAUCACAAUGGCUUCAUACAGUGCCCACCUCCCUUGGACAUCAACACUCUCUACAAUUGGACUCUUUGGAGUCGGAGCUGUUAUCAUGCGUGGCGCAGGAUGUACCAUCAACGACCUCUGGGAUCGCAACAUCGACAAGAAGGUCGAGCGGACAAAGGUUCGACCUCUAGCCUCUGGUGCCGUUUCACCAACCCAAGCCAUCGCCUUCUUGGGUCUUCAACUCGGCGCAGGACUUGCAGUAUUGACCCAGCUCAACCUCUACAGCAUUCUUCUUGGCGCUUCUUCCUUGUCGCUGGUUGUGAGUUAUCCAGCCAUGAAGCGUAUUACAUAUUGGCCUCAAGUUGUUCUCGGACUUGCAUUUAACUGGGGCGCAUUGCUGGGAUCGUCCGCCAUGCUGGGGGCUGCCAACUGGCCAGUUGCUCUCCCUCUCUAUGCCUCAGGUGUCUGUUGGACCCUCGUCUACGAUACCAUCUACGCCCACCAAGACAAAAAGGACGACGUCAAGAUCGGCGUCAAGUCUACGGCCCUCCGCUUUGGUGACAAGACCCCCGAGUUCUUGGCCGCCUUCUCGACAGGAAUGGUCUCUAUGUUGGCAUUAGCGGGAUACAUGAACGACCAAGGACCGUUGUUCUAUGCUCUCUCUGUUGGCGGUGCAGCUGCUCAUUUGGCAUGGCAACUCAGGACUGUCGACUAUGAGAAUCCUGUAGACUGUUGGACCAAGUUUGCUAGUAACAAGUGGACAGGUGCCUUGGUGUUCAGCGGUAUCGCUGGAGACUACCUUCACCAGUUGAUGAUGUAG